AUAGGGAAAAAAAGAAAAGAAUUUACAAAACACAAAAAGCGAGAAAGGUGUGUCUCUGUGCACGGUGAAAUUUUGUGACUACAGUAAUCGUUCCAAUCCGUGCAGACCGUGCAUUCCGAGUGCCUAAUUACAUAAUGGGCGUCCAGUGUCGCGUGCAUUCGUCGCGAAGGAAAGUUUAAGCGCAGCGUGGGCUCGUGCUGCCAGCAAGGACGUCGGCAAGGGGAACAACCUUUGCACGACGGGACGGGAUUACCCCUAUCGGCUGUGGCGGAAACGAGGGGGGGAAUUGAUCCGCCGUCGACGUUGCCUCUGGGCUGCCGCCACUGCACGGUAACGCGACCAUCGCUCCCCUCCCGUCACGCGCGCCCCCCAUCUCUCGCACUCUAUCUCUCUCUCUCUCGCUCGUUUCCCCAUCGUGCCGACAUUUUUUUCGACAUUCUACCUGCGUGCUGCGGCCAGCGUCUCAGCUAGCACUACCCCCCCCCCCCCCGCCCCCGCACCAUCCUGUCAUAUCGAGUGCGAGUGUUACCGUAACGUGGUGUUGUGUGGUGUCCGCCGCUUCCGCCCCACGCACUGCCGCACGCACGCACGCACGUCCCGUGUUUGGCUGCCCGGUUUUGAAAAGAGAGCGAAAGUGUUGGGAGUGCGCGUCGCUCGGGAGAGAGAGAUAUAGUGCAAUAGUGAGAGAGCGAGAGCGUGUAGUAGUAGUAGCAGCAGCAGCGGCCAGCAGCGACCCCAGCAGCAGGCUCCAAGGAUCCAAAGGAAGAAGAAAUUUUGUUUUGGGAGCUGGCGCACGGGCAAAACCAAAAAUAGUGCAAAAUGUGGAACAUGAUGUGCGACGUGAUGCCGACCAUCUCGGAGGACAACAUCUCCCAGCGGUCGUCCCAGUUCAGCGGCGAGGAUGCCAACUUCGAGCAGCUGAUGGUGUCGAUGCUGGACGAGCGGGACAAGCUGAUGGACAGCUUGCGCGAAACCCAGCAGCGGAUGGCGGACAUGGAGAUGAAAAUCCAGGAGGUGGAAAAGGAGCGGGACAGUCUACACCGUCAGAUUGCGGCCAAUUUACCACAGGAAUUCUCGACCCUUACCAAAGAGCUAACGCAGGCCCGCGAGACGCUGCUCGAACGAGAUGAAGAAAUCGGAGAGCUGAAGGCGGAACGAAACAACACCAGGCUCCUGCUGGAACAUCUCGAGUGUCUGGUGUCCCGGCACGAGCGUUCGUUACGCAUGACGGUGGUGAAGCGCCAGGCAGCAUCCCAGAGCGGCGUAUCCAGCGAGGUGGAGGUGCUGAAGGCCCUCAAAAGUUUGUUCGAGCACCACAAGGCGUUGGAUGAGAAGGUUCGAGAGCGACUCCGAAUAUCGUUAGAGAAAAAUAAUGAUCUAGAAGCGGAACUCAACCAAACCAAAGAGGAGCUUCAACAAUACAAGUCGGGUGUAUUGUCCAACCAAUCGGACCCUUCGCUAGACAGCAGCAGCGAAAAGAAGGAUGCAUUGAAGAACGGUGAAGCCGGAGAAAUGAUCGACUACAGCGCAAAGACGCACGAACUGCAGACGAUCAUCGAAAAGCAAACGGCCGAACUGUCCCAGUGGCAACGGCGCGUGUCCGAUCUGAACACCAAGAUCAACGAGAUGGAGGACAACAUGUGCAAGCUGCAGAAGGAGUACACCAAGUCGCAGGAAGCGUGCGUGAAGCUGCAGCGCGAUCUGCGCGAAAACGUUGCCCAGAAAGAGGACCAAGAGGAGCGCAUUGCGACGCUCGAGAAGCGCUAUCUGAAUGCGCAGCGCGAAUCGACCUCGCUGCAUGACCUGAACGAGAAGCUUGAGCAGGAAUUGCGCCACAAGGAGGCUCAGCUGAAGCUGCAAGAAGGUAAAAUAGCGGCGAUACAGGAAAAGCUUGAACUUUCCGAGCAGAAGCUGGCCCAGUUCUCGAAGCUGCCGGAAAUGGAGGAACAGCUGAAGGCGCGAAUGGAAGCCCUAACACAGGUAGGCAAACAGGCACAGGAGCGGCACGGUUCGGCCGAGGAUCGUAUUACGCGGCUGGAGAACAAUGUGGAGGAAAAGAAUGCGGAAGUCAUGCGUCUCAAUCAAAGACUGAAGAUGAACGAAGAGCACAAUCAGCGGCUAUCGUCGACGGUGGACAAACUGCUGGCCGAGUCGAACGACCGGUUGCAGGUCCAUUUGAAGGAACGCAUGACGGCGCUGGAGGAGAAGAACACGCUCACGCAGGAGCUCGACAAGGCGCGCAAGUACGCCGAAGAGCUGUGCCAGGAGAAAUCCGAUAUGCUCAAGGAGAUCGCCAAGAACCGGCUGGAGAUGGAAACGUUCAAGCGUCAAAUAUUGCAGCAGGAAAUUGCGUACAACAUCCAGCAAACGGAAGCACUAACCAGAAGCUUAUCACCAAACGCGGUCGGCAAUCCGUCCGCCAACAGUGGAUUUUCGCGCAGCGGGUCGGCCACCUUCAGCACGCACAGCUUGCGGCGGAACAAGUCGACGCUGGAGGAGGAACACUUUAACCGCUCGAUGGCGGAACAGGACUGGAACAAGCUGCAGCACAUGACCAAUGCACAAGUAUUUGACGGUGGCGUGCUCGAGGGCGCGGACGAGGCGGACAAUCUGUUCGGCACGGGCGACAUCAUUUCGCCGACCGGACACACCGAUGCACAAACGUUGGCGAUCAUGCUGCAGGAGCAGCUCGAUGCAAUCAACAAUGAGAUCAGGUUAAUACAGGAGGAAAAACAGUCCACAGAAGCACGAGCAGAGGAGCUGGAAUCUCGUGUCGGCAGCUUGGAGCAUAUGAACCUGUUAGCUCGCGGCCGGUCGAUGGACCGCCAGAGUCCACCGCUCAGCGGUAGCAGCACACCAAACAGUCCCAAUCGUGACUACCUUCAAAAGUACCACACGGCGCCAGCGUCGAUGUCGCCAGCGCAUUUGCAUCAAUACGUAACCACUUUGAAUCAAGUUCCGUUGUCCGAAUCGUUACCCUCUAGCCAAGUACAGCUGGCACAUCUGCAGUCGGAAAUGCAACACGAUGAUAUGGGCAAUGCGGACCACGACAUGUCUGCCAGCGGCGGUGUUUGCGGAGGAGAUAACAGUUCCGGCGGCACCAUAUCGCCCGCCACCGCACGCACCAUGCGGCUGGAACGUUUCGCACUAGCAUUAGCGCACAGCCAGGAGGAACUGAAACGACGGUCGCAAGGAGUCGUCCAUGGAACGGAAUUUCCGAACGAGUCCAGGAAUCAUUUUGUGGCCAGCAGCAACUACGGCAUGUCGCCCCUGAAUUCGCGCCACGGAAGCCAGGAGUCGCUGAAGCACCUGAGCAUGGUCAGCUCGCUCAGUUCUCUACAAACGCCAACCGCCAGCCGGGGAGGAGAUGCCGUAUCGGCGGCACAAAAGAAGAAGGGCAUCAAGUCCAGUUUGGGACGGUUCUUUAGCAAAAAGGAAAAGGUAAAAGGUGUGAAGGAUUCCUCGAUGCCAGACGGCUCUACCAGCAUGAUGUCGAUGAGUGGGCUUUCGCUGAUCAGCGAUAUUGACUCAACGUACGAUAAUAUAAGCGUAUCCGGCUACAGACCACCGGGCAAGUCGAAUCCGAUCGAUUACACCCGGCAAAAGAAGAAGGAACACGACUAUCGGCACGAUCUGUUGGGCGAGGCCAUGAAAGCCGGCACACCAUUCGCGCUGUGGAACGGGCCAACGAUUGUGGCCUGGCUAGAGUUGUGGGUCGGCAUGCCGGCCUGGUAUGUGGCUGCCUGCCGUGCCAACGUGAAAUCCGGUGCCAUCAUGAGCGCGCUUAGCGAUACGGAAAUCCAGCGCGAAAUCGGUAUCAGCAACCCACUGCACCGGCUAAAGCUGCGCCUUGCCAUACAGGAAAUGGUGUCGCUGACGUCACCAUCGGCACCGCAAACCACGCGGACAACGCUGGCAUUCGGAGACAUGAAUCAUGAGUGGAUAGGGAACUAUUGGUUGCCUAGCUUGGGUCUACCUCAGUACCGUACUACGUUCAUGGAGUGUCUGGUGGACGCUCGCAUGCUAGAUCACCUCAACAAGAAGGACCUGCGCGGUCAGCUGAAGAUGGUGGACAGCUUCCAUCGGACCAGCCUGCAGUUUGGCAUCUCCUGCCUGAAGCGACUGAACUACGAUCGCGCGGCACUGGAGGAGCGACGGAAGGCGUCCGAAAACAGUCUCAGUGAUGUGCUGGUGUGGACAAACGAUCGCACAAUGCGAUGGGUGCAGAGCGUUGGUCUCAAGGAAUAUGCCAACAAUCUGCUAGAAUCCGGCAUACACGGCGCCCUGAUAGCGUUAGAUGAAAGCUUCGAUGCUAAUUCCAUGGCCCUAGCUUUGCAAAUUCCAACCCAAAACACACAGGCUAGACAAAUUUUAGGCACGGAAUUUAACAAACUGCUCGAACUGUCCACCGAACGGCGCACGGAUCGAGAUUCAAUCAAAUCUUGACAUAAUCCUAGUCAUCCUAGUCUAAAUGGAUAAUAAGUAUGCUUAUAUUAAUAAUGAUAAUAAUAUAAAGUAAUAUUAAUAAUACUAUUAUUAAUGAUAAUGAUAAUAACAAUAGCAUUAUUGUUAUGAAUAAUGAAAAUAUUAAAACUAAUACUAAUAAUAAUCUAACGAUAAAUACCUACCUACUAACAGAGCGGAUCACUGCGCAAUGGAGCGAGGAGGAGGGGAAGGAGGAGGAGGAGGCAUAAGGGAGAAAGAGAUAGUAUUUUAUGGGCAACAUGAAUGCAACAAAGUAAGGCUAGCAAGCGAACAGGACGGGAGGGGGUAAACCGUAACACAAAUCAGAAGGGAGCAGCAGCAAGCACACAGACCCAAGAUGCGUGACGCAAGUCGAAUAUUCAAAGAUACAUACCAGCAGCAUUAGGAAAGCAAACGAUUACUAGUAAGCGACAAGUAUAAGGGGGGGAGGGGGGUAGAAAGGAUACCGAAAAGAGAUCAUAUGUGGGAAAGGGAGAAAGGGAACACAGUUGUAGCAGAUGGGGAGAGGUGGGCAGGGUAGUAGAAAGUAUAAUAGAGGGAAACAAUAUAUAUAUAUAUAUUAUAUAUACACACACAAACAAACAUACAAACACAGACACGGCCAGGCACAUACACACAAACAUGUUUGUCCUGCAGCAUACAGCAAACGGUCGUCGUAUAACGUUUCUGGGUAGUAGAAUGGGUCGAAAAAAAGGAAAGGGAAAGGAUCUAUCUAUCUAAAUACAACAUUGUCAUAAGUUUAAGGCAAUUGAUCGCUCGCGCAUCACGGGGAAAGGAAGAAGAGCUGUGGGAGGAAAGGAUGAGCUCUAACCACACUACUACCCCUUUUCGAAGCUAUGUAUGUAUAUGUAUGGUAUAGGUUGAAACAAAACAAAAAUGGUAACCCAAGUGACAUGAGAACAGGAGGGAGUGCAGCAAAAGGACCUGCCGCGAAGAUCAGUAGUAGAGAUACCCAUAACACACACAUACCCACACACACCCACACACACAGAAACAAAACAUCCCUCAAACAGCAGACGCAAACGAUGGAAAGAAGUGUCUCCAAACUUUAAAAGAACAAAGCAAAACAAAAAACAAAAAACAAAACUACCGCUAAUUGUAAAGAUAUACUUAUAAUCCCGGCAUGAAAACAGGAAAACAAAAAGCUACGGAAGAAAGCAAAAGCAAAAGAAACCAAGAAACAAAAACGAAACAAAAAUACAAAAUGAAAAUGCA